CAUGUAGUGCAGUGUGUGAUAGUAGCAGUAAAAACUAUUGGUAACAUCAUGUUGGUGACUGUCCUCCUUAACUUCAUGUUUGCUGUUAUUGGAGUACAGCUUUUCAAGGGCAAAUUCUUUUCAUGUAACGAUCCAUCCAAAAUGACAAAACAGGAAUGCAGAGGAGAAUUUGUCAUAUUUCAAGGCGGGGACGUUAGGAGCCCUGUAGUGGAGGAAAGACAGUGGACAAAAUACAAAUUUCACUUUGAUGAUGUAGCCCAAGGCAUGCUCAGUCUAUGUACAGUGUCUACAUUUGAAGGCUGGCCAUUGUUAUUGUAUGUAGCUAUUGACUCAAAUACAGAAGAUGGAGGACCAAUUCAUGAUUUUCGACCAAUGGUAGCUGUUUUCUUCAUUGUGUACAUAAUCAUCAUUGCUUUCUUCAUGGUGAACAUCUUUGUUGGCUUUGUUAUCGUGACAUUUCAAAAUGAAGGAGAACAAGAAUAUAAGAACUGUGAGUUGGAUAAAAACCAGCGGAACUGUAUAGAGUUUGCUUUGAAAGCUAGACCAGUAAGGCGUUUUAUACCAAAGCAUCGUGUUCAAUACAAAAUCUGGUGGUUCGUCACUUCACAGUACUUUGAAUACGCCAUCUUUAUCUGCAUUAUGGUGAACACACUAUCUCUAGCUAUGAAGUAUCACAACCAACCUGAAAACUAUACCACUGCCUUGGAUGUCUUGAACCAGAUUUUCACAGCAGUAUUUGCCCUUGAGUUUCUUUUGAAGGUUACGGGGUUUGGAUUCAAGAACUACUUUGGUGAUGCCUGGAAUGUGUUUGAUUUCGUCAUUGUGCUUGGCAGCUACAUCGAUAUUGUAUACUCUGAAGCUAACCCCGGUACAACUAUUAUUAGUAUCAACUUUUUUCGUUUGUUCCGGGUAAUGCGACUUGUAAAACUACUGAGUAGAGGAGAAGGAAUCAAAACACUACUCUGGACCUUCAUCAAGUCUAUUCAGGCUCUUCCGUAUGUCGCCCUGCUUAUUGUUAUGUUGUUUUUUAUCUACGCAGUGAUUGGGAUGCAGGUUUUUGGAAAAAUUGCCCUUGAUGAUGAAACUGCUAUUCACAGAAACACAAAUUUUCAAACAUUUCCACAGGCAGUUUUAGUCCUCUUCAGGUGUGCCACAGGUGAAGCCUGGCAGGAAGUAAUGCUAGCCUGCUCCAAUCAACCAACAGUAAUGUGCGACCCUCGAUCUGAAACCCCUGGAACCUGUGGGAAUAACUUUGCUUUGCCUUAUUUUAUCAGUUUCUAUAUACUAUGUUCUUUUUUGGUCAUUAAUCUAUUUGUCGCUGUUAUCAUGGACAACUUUGACUAUUUGACUCGGGAUUGGUCAAUCCUAGGCCCUCAUCACCUAGACGAGUUUGUACGACUGUGGUCUGAAUAUGAUCCUGAUGCAAAAGGUCGAAUCAAGCAUCUUGAUGUGGUAACUUUGUUACGGAAGAUUUCGCCCCCCCUGGGAUUUGGUAAACUCUGUCCUCACCGAGUAGCGUGUAAGAGACUCGUAUCGAUGAACAUGCCUCUAAACACCGAUGGUACAGUCAUGUUCAACGCCACUUUGUUUGCGGUUGUUCGAACUUCAUUACGCAUCAAAACAGAAGGAAACAUUGACGAAGCAAAUGAAGAAUUGCGUGCUGUCAUAAAGAAGAUUUGGAAACGAACUAGUCCUAAGUUACUGGACCAAGUUGUACCUCCUGCUGGUGCUGAAGAUGACGUUACAGUUGGCAAGUUCUAUGCCACUUUCUUAAUCCAAGACUAUUUCCGAAGAUUUAAGAAGAGGAAGGAAGAACGCGCUCUUGGCCAUGAUGGUGCUGUAGCUUUAACAGCCGGAUUACGUACACUUCACGAAGUAGGUCCUGAAAUUCGACGAGCUGUUUCAGGAAACCUGGAUACAGAUGAAUUUGGAAACUUCUGGGAUUCGGAGCCAUUACACAGAAGAAACCACCCAUUCUUUGGUAAUAUGUGGUCCUCUGUUAGACGAAACUCGAUAGGCAUUCAAAGCAAACCUUACCCAGAACGCUACAGUGCUAUGAAUCAUAUUAUUACUUCUAAGGUUAGAGCUGAAGACUCUCCACUUGCUGGCCGGACAGUGGCCAAAGCCAGAUUAGCUAAUAUUCCAGCCCUAGUGAUCGCUGGACUCACCCCUGAUGGUGAUGUUUACCGUCAAGUCAAAGAUGGAGAACACUUUGAAAAUGGAAGAACUCACCUCCUUCCUACUUCAAAUACUAGCCAUCCUGAUAAUCAACAGAAAGGUCAUGACCACAGAGAUCAUACGAUGGGAGUAAUAGGAAGUGCAGCAAACCUUGUUGGAAGAGUUUUGCACGAACAAGGUCUGGGUAAGUUCUGUGAUCCCGAAUUCGUGAGAACCACGCAGCGAGAGUUAGCUGAAGCCAUCAACCUAACCCAAGAGGAAAUGGAUAGAGCUGCCCACCAGAUUCUGCACGCGGGGACACAACAGACAUCUCCUGCUUUUGUCACCAAUGUUCCAGUGUUUGAUUCCUCCGGAAAAACACAGACAGUUGAUGGAACUCAAACCGCUCGUCCAUGCGAAGCUGGCAUGGCUCUUGUUGCUAAUACUCUGAGACAUGCCAACAGCCGUGGGUAUGACAACACGGUUUUAUAACAUUGGUAGUCAUAGGUGGAUCGUUAUAAUACUACUAUGAAACAAUUCGUUUGACAGUAAGUUUAUUUUGUUCUUGUUUACGAAAGUUUUAGAAGUUCUGAUGCUGAGUCUAGAGUUUGUUGAUGUCCUGCAGAUGGAUUUUGCCCCGAAGUGUGACCUUCAUUACUUUUUCUGUGUAAUAUUACACGAAGUAGAAACAAUUCAUGAUAAUUCCCAGUGCCUUCUUAAUAUAAACACACUUAUUUUGUGAUGAUUCUUCGCAGUGUCUUCCUAAUAAGUCUGUGGUGAUAAUUCCCAGUGCCUUUUUAUCAUAAAUAUACUUAAGGUGUGGUGAUAAUUCCCAGUGCCUUUUUAUCAUAAAUAUACUUAAGGUGUGGUGAUAAUUCCCAGUGCCUUCUUAGUAUAAAUAUAUUAAAUCUUUGGUGAUAAUUCCAAGUGCCUUCUUAGUAUAAGUAUAUUAAAUCUUUGGUGAUAAUUCCCAGUGCCUUCUUAGUAUAAGUACAUUAAAUAUGUGGUGAUAAUUCCCAGUGCCUUCUUAGUAUAAGUACAUUAAUCUUUGGUGAUAAUUCCCAGUGCCUUCUUAGUAUAAGUACAAUAAAUCUGUGGUGAUAAUUCCCAGUGCCUUCUUAGUAUAAGUACAUUAAAUCUUUGGUGAUAAUUCCCAGUGUCUUCUUAGUAUAAGUACAUUAAAUAUGUGGUGAUAAAUCCCAGUGCCUUCUUAGUAUAAGUACAUUAAAUCUGUGGUGAUCAUUCCCAGUGCCUUCUUAGUAUAAGUACAUUAAAUCUGUGGUGAUA